ACACACAGCACAUACUGUAUAAACCUGGGAUAUCAACCAUUCAAAGUUGGCCUUAGUGGGAGUGACCAUAGAAUUCUAUAGGAGUGACCUUACUGAGUAUAACAUAUGUCAUCACUAAACAAAGUCAUAAUUAUGGCUAAACCCGGCCAUUUCCACAAUUUAUUUUCUUACGUGAUUUUAAACCUAAUCCUAACUAAUGAAGGCCAAGUUUGAUGCGUUGGUCCACCAGACCUUCCGCACAUUAGGGCGGAAGUGUCUGGGAACGAGAUUAGGUGUAACAUGACAUCCCAUUAGAGCAUAUUGCCAUCCUUCAGCACAACAUGUCACCCUUUAUAAAGCACGUGUUUAUAUCAUUUGACAGUGGGUUAUGUCACAUUUGACAUUGGUGAUUGUCACACGGUUAUGCCACAUUUAUUAACCUUUUAUAAAGAAUGACAUAUGGUUAUGGAUGCUUUUUUGCAUGUAUUUAAACAAAUAUAUAUUUAACCUUUAUUUCACUAGGCAAGUCAGUUAAGAACCAAUUCUUAUUUACAAUGACGGCCUACCCUACCCAAAUUCCUCUGGGUGUUAACUCUGGAUUUGAAACUAAAGUGACCCUGACUAAAAUGGAUCCCCCUUUUACUGCAUACAGAAAAUGAUGUAAGGUGCAAUAAAUGAUACACACACAAAAAAAAUAGACCAUUUAGGAUUGAAAACAUAAAAUUAAGUACAAUCAAAAUAUAUUUUAGAAAUACUUGUAAUUAUUGGUUGUAUGAUAACUAGUAUAAAAUAUCGACAAUUCUGCACAUUUUCGCCUUAAUUAUUAAUGUACAAAGUAAUAGGAAAGGAUUCUUAUUCUGAAGGAUUACAAAAAUCCGUGACCUGGAAGUACUUAGCUUGUUAUUCUUGCCUGCUUCAGUGGUAAAAACAUUUACGUUUUUAUUAACGUUUUUAUUGUUGUGAUUUAGACGCUUGUUAACACCCUGGAAGUCUAAAUAUGACUUAACUGCACUGCAUCACAUAUUUACCCUAGGUCAUCUUUAAUUCGCGUUGGAGACGGGGCUUGGUUGAUUGAUAUUAUCUAGAUAACGCUAGCUGCUAACAAUGGCUAACUGUAUGGUUUUUCACACUCAAAUAGCCUCCAUCAUGGAGGUGCUAGCGAAUGCCGCCGUGGCAGAGAUCUGUAAACUCGUAGACGAGGACUAUGCAGUGUUUCGUUUGGAAAUAACUCAAAGCCAGAAAGAAAACAGGGCAUUGCGAAGGAAACUACUGGAAGUUAAGGUGGCCCGGGAGCGCGCAGAGAGGACAAUGCGAGAGCGCGUCCUCGCCAGUCGUCCCAGUAGUGUCAAGAUCCUCGAUCGAUACAGAGGAAUGGCAAGAGGUGAAGGACAUCUAACUGGAGGCCAAAGGAGCUUUGUGAAGCCAGUGGGACACAAUACAUGGAGAGAUGACCAGCCAAUCACUGUUGAUGAGGGUAGUAGAACCUCAACCCAGCACGUUAUCGUGAUAGAGUCUGAAGAUGCAAAGGCUGCAGGUCCUGGGGUCAAGCUAGAGAGAUCUGAAGGAGAUGAGAACCCACGGCACAGCAGAGAAAUCCAGACUGGGGUAGAUGGAGUGCCCCUUGUAGCCACAGAGGACCCCACCACCACCCCAGGGCAGCCCAGGACCCAAUGUAGUAUCGCAGAGUCAGUAGACAUGGAGGAAUGGAAGCCUGAUCUGUUGCUGAUUAAAGAGGAGACAAUAGAAGAUGGACCAGAGAGCAUUGAUCUGCUAAGUGGACUAAAGAUAGGGGAUAAGGUGUUUGGCUGGAGGCUAAUAGUGGAGACUGGGUGGCCAACUUGGAUUCCCAGAGAGGUGCAGCCAAGGGCUCUAGGGAUGACAUCACUAGGCAGGCCAGGACCAUAGGCGACAUAGUGGAGAUCAGUGGAUGGGACAGCAUCCUCAACUCUGAGCUGCGGUACAAUACUGUUAACCAGAAACAGACUGUCAAACACAAAACAACAUCCAAUCUUAGUCUCCAUGACAGCAAACUGUCUGAGACCAGGCCCGAGGCGUAGAUUUGGUCUGCGGGGACAGGUAGGUGUCCAUAUGUGGUGGGAGAGAACAGACACAGACUCGGCUAGCGAUGCUUCGUCCUGCUCCCAUACUUGUGAUUCAGAAAAACGGAUGGUGUCGAAGGUUAACCCCCUAGCAGGUUCUGCCUUCAGCCUGCCUUCUAAAGGAUCUAUCAACUGGAACAUGGACCCUGCAACAACACAUACACGCCCUGGCCUUCAUCCUCCUCACACUCUCAUAACGUUAAACCAGUCCUCAGACAAUGCCAGUACAUCAACACUAAAUGGCUACACAAGCCCAUUGACAAAUGAGAGUAGUAGAGAAGGCAUCAGUAAAGGUGACAGCGCCUAAGAGAAGCGCUUCCCGUGUUCAUUCUGUGAGAAUUCCUUCAGUUUCCCCAUAGAGGUGGAGAUCCACCAGAGGAUGCACAUGGUGGAGAAAUCGUUCAGCUGCCAUCUGUGCCAGGCCAGUUUCUCCCACUCGUUCAACCUAAAGAGGCACCAGAGGGUCCACACAGGGGAGAAACCCUACAGCUGCCCCCAAUGCGAGAAGAGAUUAUCCCGUCAGUACCAGCUGAAUGUGCACCUGAAGAUCCACAUGGGAGAGACUGUACACACUGUGGGAAGAGGUUCUCAAAGGAGCUACCUCAAGAUACACCAGCAGAAAAACCAUUCCACUGUAUAACAUAGAAAGUAACCAUUCUACUCAAUAGCUUCUGAUGUUUAGAUCAAACCCUGAGAGUAACAGAUUUCAGUGUUGAAUAUUGCAUCCAGACAUUUUUUGAUAUACACGGUAUAAGGCACAUACAGUGCCAUCAGAAAGUAGUCAUACCCAUUGACUUAUUCCACAUGUUGUUGAAUACAGCCUGAAUUCAAAAUGUAUUAAAUAUUUUUAAUACAAAAUCUCACCCACACAAUACCCCAUAAUG